AAAAAUCGACUAACACGUCCCUACAUCGAAAGACCGGCGAUAGGAGUGAGUCCAUAAGAUUCAUUUUGGGUGCAAAAUGUAUUUAAGUUCUUCCAGAAUCAGAUUAUUUUCCAGCCUCAAAUAUUUAUCGCACAGGCGCUAUGAAAGCAGCAAAGCUCCCUCAACUGGAACCAAAGUCGACGAGUCGACAGAUUCAACUGUUCAAUCUAAACUGUUACAAAAUAUGCUGGAGCCCGAUGGGGUAGUAAGACCAAAAAUAGAUCCCAAAGAAACGUCCAUAAUACUUUUUCCCGGCCAAGGUACACAAUAUGUUGGAAUGGCAAGCAAAUUGAUUCGGUUUCCAGAGGCAAGGCGAAUUUUUGAAUUGGCAAAUGAAGUGCUAGGUUAUGACUUGCUGAAACUGUGCCUCGAAGGACCGGUAGAAAAGCUAAACCGUACUGAACAUGCCCAGCAUGCAGUGAUGGUAUCUUCAUUAGCUGCUCUGGAGCAAUUGAAAGAAGAACGACCCAAGGCAAUAGAUACGUGUGUGGCAACAGCUGGCUUCAGUUUAGGCGAGAUAACAGCGCUGGUAUUUGCAGGUGUAUUACCGUUUGAUAAAGCCCUGAAAUUGGUUCAAAUUCGUGCCAAUGCUAUGCAAGUAGCUUGCGAUCGUGUGGCUGGCGGUAUGGCUAUGGUUCUCUAUGCACCGGAUACGGAAAUCGGGGCCGCUUGCGCAAAAGCUGUUCAAUGGUGUGUUGACAAAGGCAUUGAAAAUCCCUACUGUGGCGUGGCCAAUUACAUGUUCCCUCACUGUAAAGUUCUGGCGGGCAAUAUCGAAGCUAUAGAGUUCUUGGAGAAAAAUGCCAAAGCAUUAAAAAUAAGACGUAUUAAACGUUUGCCUGUCAGUGGUGCUUUCCAUACACCACUGAUGGAAGACGCCAUAGAACCCUUUGCGAAAGCUUUAAAGAAAAUACCGUUGGAGGAACCAAUUAUACGAGUUUACUCCAAUGUGGACGGCAAACCUUACAAACAUGUGCCGCACAUAUUGAAACAGCUACCCAAACAGAUUGUUAAGCCUGUUAAGUGGGAACAGACAAUGCAUCAAAUGUAUGAACGUCAACAAGGUCUUGAUUUCCCUCGGACAUUUGAAUGUGGACCAGGCAAAGGUUUAGUUCAAAUUUUAGAAAAAGUUAAUGCUAAAGCUGCCAACACAGCAUUGAGUAUAGAAGCUUGAACACAUCUGUGCAUUGUUUUUUGUUAAUACUUGUAAUGUGAAAUAAAGAUUUAUAUUUGUUACUUAA